ACAUCACAUCGCAAGAGCCAAUGAUCUACAAAGCUGAUAACGCAACUCGUGUCACCACCGACAACCAGAUAGCCAAUCGGGGUGUCACUCGACCCUCCACAGCGGUGCCGUGGGUGCGUCUCAGCUUCUCAGUCUCAGCCCACCGAUUUCAGCCUUUUCGCACACCCCCAACCAAAUCUCGUUUGCCGAGUGCUCCUGCGUCAGACUUUAUUUGCAGUAUUUGAGGUUGCAGCUCCGGGUUCUCGUCCCCUACAAGGACAAACUACGCCGUCGCCUGAACAUCGCACAUGACAAUCUCUUCACGCGUUCUGUCAUCGUGAGGGCAACAAUGUAUACCAAGCCUCCGCCGUGGCAAGAGCCACCAGUGUUCAGUCUUCCUGGCGUCUCGAGCUCCGGCAUUCCUGCACCCCCCGGAGCAUAUGCGGUUUUCGUCAGUGGCAUAGACGGUAACACCUACCCUCAGUUGCUGGACUCGUCCGAGUCUUUGCCAGAGUUCAUCGGCGAGAGUCGGAAGCUGACAUUCCACUACGACCCAACGAGAGUCGUGGGUGAAUCCGCGUCCGAGGAGACCGUCUGCCAAGUCGCCACCGCUUUUCUCGACUUCCUGAUUGACGAAGUAGACACGAAGGAAGAGGGAGCCGCAGCCCCAUUGUCUAUCAUGUACUUUACGUAUGACUUUGGAGGGACGGUCGUCAAGCAGGCAUUGGUCACGGCAUCGCUGAAGGAGAAAUACAGGAUGAUCCUCGAUCAAACCAGCUUAGUAGUCUUCUACGGGACGCCCCACCGGUCUUCAGAUUCGCAGACUUGGGCUGUCAACGCGCUACGUAUCCUGCAUUCAUGUUUCAGGGGGCUCCUGGGACCGUGGGUUCCUGCCUUUGUUGAAAAGAUGUCUAACUACCAACAACACCUCAAUGCCCAAUUCAGGGAGCUGGGUUCUGGUUUCCGGGUCAUGAACGUUUGCCAGAAGAGCGGGUCACCAAACCACGAUCUGAUUACAGACCCGUCUUGUGCUACCGUGGGACUUGACACGGAAGUGACGGUCCUGCUGGAGCGGAGUCAUUAUCAACUUGGCAUCCUGCUGGGACAUCAGCAACAAGAAUUCGUAAAGGAGAGAAUGCUCGAUGAAGCGAUUCGCCACUGGAAGGUCUAUCGGAAGUUCGUCGCUACGCUGCGAAUUGACCAGCGAAUAUCUCCAGGCUUUUCGAGUGUGGACAGGAAGUCACGGGGAGAGCCCCUGCGGCUCUUUCUCGCCGAGGAUAAUGCCCAGACGUGGCAAGAGGCAUCUUCCAACGCCAUCAUCCGCCUGAUGUUGGCGGAACGUAUGGAUUUUGAAGAGUUCUGCCACUCGUUUUCAAGUCACGUUGCGACUGCAAAUGAGGGAAAAGCGAACAUCUUCCUUCGGCUGGGGCGUGAUCAUCCUUGCCAAAUACCAUCUACAGUUCAACAGCUUUAUUCCUCUCUGUGUCUCCAGUUCCUGGAGCAGCAGCCAAGUCUGAUUCAGUGGAUCCGACACUUCUACCCGAACUUGAGAGAUGCCAUUCUUGGGGUAGACGGCCGCUGGAAGUCGAGGGCUCUGGCACGAUGCCUGAGGACUCUUCUUCUCAUUCCUAAACGCGGAGCCACGUACUGUCUGAUCCACUACGCUUCAGACAGUUCUCGAAAAGAUAUCCUGGCCCAGAUCUUGGCUCUAAUGCAGGAAUCAGAGAUUUCAUUUCGGCUCCUUGUUUCCACAUCCCCGAACACAGAGACAGGGUUGAAUGCCCUGGAUACCUCCCCUAGUGUCGACCUAUCCUCUAGCGAUGGUACGGCGUGGACGGAAGAGGAACGGAAAAGUCCUCUGCAAGGCCGAAUCAAAGACCGCUCCACCGAGCUGUGGGCUAGGAUGGUCACUACUCAUGAUGACGCCGUGCUCCACUACGAGGAGAUGUCAGCCUCGCGAACCGAGCCAACGUUGCCGUCGAACUCAGGCCACAUUCUCAUGUUAUCGGAACAAACACUGUCGAAAUGCAUCGAUAACAGCAUGACUUGGGCACUGCGCGCCAUGGUCUGGGCUUCCUUUGCUAUCCGGCCCUUGUCGCGCAUCGAGAUGGAACAAGCCUUGGAGAUUGUGUGUGCUGAUGAGCGCUCAAUCCCGAUCGAGAUGCAGCAUGGUAGGAUACUGCUCCAUGCCCUCGAGCUUGCUCUGCCGGGAUUCUUCUCUAUUACGGACGAUGUGGUCUCGGUACCACCACAGCUCGUGUUGAGACUGAGCGGCAUUUGGGCUAAGCACCCCGGCUGUAGUCUCAACCCGGAGCUCCAUCUUGCGCGGACUUGUUUUGCUCUUGCGGCGGCUCGCUUUCAAGAGCGCUCUCCGGCGGCAACCACCCAUCCAGAGUCCAAGACCAAGGCGGCGGCAGAUCAUGGGGCCACGGAGCCUCCCAGUUCCAACUCAUCGAAGGCCCACCGGGCUAUAAUAGAAUAUGCGACUAGAUACUGGAUCGAGCAUCACCUUCGAGGCACGCGUGAUGCUAGCAAUGCAGGCGAGGCCUUUCGCGGGACGCUAGACGGGAAUCCUCUUUUCAACCGGAACUCUUGGAUCCAACAUCUGGCAUCAUCAUACUGGUCCCCCGAUAUUGGGGAAGGAUUGAGGGACAAGAUCCACCCCGACGUCGUACAGAAGACCUUCGAACUUAGCUCGUGGGACGCUUGCUACAUCUCAUUCCGUAUGGCCACACUACCCCUCGCUGCAGAGGACGACUUCGACUGGUUGUUUCUUGGAAUAGCAAGUGAGCGCCUGCCAGAAGACGCGUACUUCAACAUGAUCCUCAGUGUCCAGGAGACACUUUACCACACUUGCCGGCAGUCCAGCAUGCUGCAGAGAGUUAUCGCCGCUGCCCCUAGCAGUCUGCGUGCCCGGCUUCUUACAAAGUUCGACAGCGGUGACUUCCUCCGCAAGAGCUUUGUCGAAAUCCUGCUCAUUGCCAUCGCCAUUGGAAAUGAAAGCGCAACAAUCGAGCUCCUGACCAUGGCUCCAGAUUACGCUCUUGGGCACAAGCAGGAAGAUGCUGGCCCAUCGAGCCUCGGGACUGCUUUGCAGGUUGCUUGCGAGUAUGGCGACAGUGACGUUGUGAAGAGGAUUUUGAACUUCAGCGGUGAUCUGUCCCCUCUCCCUCUGGAAGAGUCGUAUCCUUGGAACGCUCUGCACGUCGCUUGCCACCAAGGACAGGCGUCCCUGGUAGCAGACCUGAUGCAAAGCGCUCAGUUCAGAAACGGAAAUCAAACGCUCGAUACAGAUCCUCCUUCACAGUUCAGUCCUCUACUCAUUACGUCGGCCCGAGGCCUCUUCGCCCUCAGCGAGGCACUCAAGCCACUGCGUUUGAAGAUUCUGGUGGAUGAGGAAGAUAGCAUGUCAGCGUUGCAGCUCGCGUGCAAGUACGGAUUCUUGAAGACCCUGGAAAGUCUUUUUGAUAUUCAUGGUUGCCGGCUCUCGUUGAAGAGCCACGACAAUUACGCCCUCUUCUUGGCUUUGAGAAGCGGAAAAGAUGAAGUGGCUACCCGUGUCUAUGAAGAGUACCUCACGGUGGUUGUUGGGGAAAUAAUUGCUGCACGAACUCGCCACAGUCACGAUGGUAACGACAGCGAUAGCAGCAGCGACAGCUUCGCGAGCGUUGGUCAAGAAGAGGACAAGAUCCUUGUCGCCGCGGAGGAGAUCAUUGGAAAGGCUCUGUUUACGGCAGUGGAGUGCUACCGGAUGCGCGCGAGCUUCCAGUCCAUCAUGAGGAAUUUGCGAGAGCCCUCGAAACUCAAAGAUCCCAAAGGGCGGACGCCAUUAAUGGUCUCGGCGAUGAUCGGAGCUGUCGAGCUCGUCGAGCAAUUGUACGUCAAGGGCGACGAGCCGAUAGACAAUGAGAUGCGAACGGCAAUGCACUACGCCUGUGACCACGGACACUUGGCUGUAGUCGAGUUCCUCCUCGCUCAGGGGGAGUCAGUUAGCCUGAAGGCACAGGACAACCGGUUAUCAACACCGAUAACGGAGGCCGCGGUGGGUGGCCAUCAGAAGAUUGUUGAGCUGCUGGUCCCGCGUCUGUCCGGCGAGGACCUCAAGGCUGAGUUUAUCCUCGCUGCGAAGAACGGGCUGGAACGCACUCUGGGCCUAAUUCUCAAGGCUGCCACCAACAUAGAUCCGGCGGCCCGUGAGGAGUGCGUCAAUGCCAAGGGCGAAGGAGCCAACACACCGCUCCACUAUGCCGCCGAAUCGAACCACGCCCGAGUGGUCCAGUUCCUGUUGCUGCGGGGGGCCAAUAUCGAAGCGGUCAACCAGUCGGCCAUGACGCCCCUUGCCCUCGCAUCGCUGUCGUCAUCGUUGGACUCAUUGAGGCAGCUCCUGGAUGCAGGCGCAUCGACCGAAACCCCAAUCAAAAGGAAGAGGUCAGUGUUGACGGAAGCAAUCUUCCACGAAAAUGAAGCAGUGGUCCAGCUGCUACUAGAAUAUGGCGCCGUAACACGUCUGUCUGACUACUGGUCCUAUUACUCCAGUCUCCUCGAAUUCACCCUGAUGAAUUCGUCCACAAGUGUCCUAAAGGUCCUCUUGAAGCACUUUGACAAAAUGAAGAGGCUGGCCUCGGGCGGAUCUCUUCCAGAAGAAAUUCCUACUCCGACAGAAGUUAUGCGCCUCGUCAUCAGGGACGGUCGGCCAAGUUCGUUUGAUGCACUUGUCCAGGUCUGGGACGAGUUUGAACCCGUCAUGCGUGAGGGCGAUCUCGAGAUAGGUUCAAUCCUUAAAUAUGCUGCUCGCUACGGCUCGGCUAAGAUACUGUGCCGAAUCUGGGAGCAUUCGAAAGAUCAGAUGGAUGUGAACGAGGUUGGAGGAUACGACGGCACGGCACUCCAGGCCGCACUCAUUAGUCAGAGAGAACCCGCUGCCAAGGUGAAGGCACUUAUCGACUGGGGGGCGAAACCGGCCCCUCAGAGCGGCGAGGGCGGAGAGGGCCCGACUCCCGCGCCGUUGGACAGCUCAGCAGCCUUCGACGCCAACUUGCUCCAUGGUUACUGGGGCACCGCCCUUCACGCCGCAGCCAUCUCAGCGGAUAAGGACAUAGUGGCUCUCAUUCUCGGCCAGCAGGGUGACUUGAAAAAUCAGCCUGACAUGAUGGGCCGGCUUCCUCUGCAUCUAGCCACGAUAGGUGACGACUGGGAAUUAGCAAAGCAACUCACGAGCGACAAGUCAACCAUCGCUUCGGAGGACCGUCAACACCGCAACGCUCUGCACAUGGCUUGUGGCAUUGGCAGUGUCUCUUUUGUCCAAGAAGUGCUUGAGGACGAAAAUCUCGCCGACUCGUUAAUCAAUAAGACCGACAUCGACGGGUGGACGCCUCUCCACUGGGCGUGCCGAUCCGAGAGACGCGAGCUCGUGAAGAUCCUGAUCGACAAAGGCGCCAGAAUUACGGAGAGGACCAUCCGCCCCGCAGGCUGGCUCCCUUAUCACGUCGCAGUCUUUCAUGACUGGGAAUCCCAGUCGCUAACAGAGCUCAGAGUGGAUAAUGGCGACUCGGAUGAUGCCGGAGGAGACAAGCCAACCGAGGCGGGAGAGAGCACGCGCGGAGCGUGUGAUUGCUGCCGCUGCGUAAGUUCAUACGGGGACCGCCACGUGUGCACUAGUGAGCUCGCGACUUGCGCCUUGUUUGAUCUGUGCUUCAAGUGUAUCGAGCACAGAGCAGAUAUACAUUUUCCGCAUCACGAGUUUAAGGUUCGUGGCCCCUAUCAGAUCUAACGAACAUGAAUAGCGGGAGACUCUCUCGCUAAAGCAAAAUGUAUAAGCGCUGCAG